AUGAAUCGGAACACGGACAAUCAGCGCAACGGCGAACCCAAGGAAGAGCCCCACAUCGAAUACGUCGUCUUCCAAGAGCUCUCCCGCAUGGAGGGACAAUCAUUGACGUUGCGAACGGUGACUGUCGUGCCGCCACUCGCCAUGCUGCUCUUCUCUGGAACAAUGCGCCUGAAAAAGGCCACGUUUGACUAUUUCAAAAUUGACGCCGAGCACGACGUCGAGGAACUGGGCAGUGAUGAGGAACAAGAGGCGGCAAUCUACCCGGCGCUGUCCAUCCUUGAGCUCGACGAUUGGUUCGGGGCAAAGGGCAGGCGAGCGCACCUCCGGCGCGUCGUUCAACUUCGAUUCCGGAUCAUGGAUUACUUCCUGAAGGUGAUGGAACAGCCGAAGCUGCUCUACACUCGUAAAUACGAUAAUCCGAAGGCGACCGUGGUGAAGGUGUUCGCUCAGCAGCGACGAGCGCAACAAGAAGAAGUCAAGGCCAAGCGAGUCGUGCAGCCGGAAAGCGCCGCC